AUGUCCAAAGACUUUGGGCGACACAUGGCCUGGGAAGUUGAUAUGUUCAACGGUCGAGCCGCCAAUGGGGAAUACAGCAUGCGUCAUGACCUCGUUGAGAUCGACCCUAUCCUGGGCCUGUUCCCUCGCCGAAUGCUCUACCACGCUGACAAACAGCCUGUCUGCCAUAAUGGUGGUAUUACCUUCCUCACCAUGUCUCACAAUGCUACGCAAGCACUUUUAAUGUAUCUGCCGGAGGCCAUGUGA